AUGGCGAAAGACGGUGGUGCAGAUGAACCAAUGGUCAUCGAUCAGGGAAGGGCGGGGCUCGAACAGAGUUUGCACUAUCCCAACGUCGGACGAAGCGCAACCAACGUAACUGUACCGGCAAAGGGCGCGCUAGAAGAGGUCGUCCAGAUAGUCUAUAGGUAUGCAGCCAUAGAGGCGCAAAAGGCCACCGAGGCCACCGCAAACACGGCAACGAUUACGACAAGAAAUCGAGACACCGAAGCGAUCACGCGAGACAAACUUAACAGGUCCAUCAAAGCAGCAUUCCGGCGAUUUAUGCCAAAGACACCGCAAGCAGUACCAGGGACAACAGGACCACGGUCCUGGGCCAACGUGGCCGCGGCAGGCGGAUCCGUAACGACAAACACGCCAAAAGUGUUCGUGCCGGUGCGGAUCCAGCGGGAGGUCAUCAUUCAAAACUCCGGAAGCAUCCUAGAGAUGACGAAGAGGACGGCUGUCGAAGCGGUACAAGCAAUGAACAUGGCGAUUGGCGCACAGGAAGCGGUAGCAGCCCGCCGACUUCCCAGCGGGGACGUCGUGGUUACGUUCCUUAAUACGAUAAACAAGUAUAAGGAGGGGACAGCAGCGUGGAUUAGAGUUGCCUUUGGGGCAACGACAGAACAGUCGUGCCGUGAAUUCAUGGUGAUAGCGAAAGGUCUUCUAUACCGCAUUUUGCGGGAAGCUCACACAAAGUCGGAAGAGCUUCUAGAGGAGAUACAACAGCAUGCACCAAAGAUCGGGAAAAUGCACCCCAUCUUCCCAAGAAACCCGGAGCACUGA